GAAGUUGCGAUUGGAUGAUAAGGGAAUUAUUCAAGGUGUGCCGAACGAAGGAUGUCGAUUAUUUUAACGCAUGCGCAGAUAACAACUAGACGUCACAACAAAAAUAAACGUCGUCAUAAGACGGGGAAGAUAAUAAAUGGAGGAAGAAACAAAAAAAGAAAUGGAAAACAUUCCACAGAAGCGUCCAGAGUUUGCAGCCGUUGUCUUUCAGCGUAUUCCUGAGACCUAUCCAGCAGAUGCUCACAUUGAAUGCCGAUACACAAUCACUCCAGAUCUAAUUCCAACUUCACGGGACUGGGUGGGACUCUAUAAGGUCGGCUGGAUGACCACCAGGGACUAUUACUACUACGAGUGGGCACAAACACCAACAGGUUAUGAAGCUGGAAAGGAAAUUGAUACAAGCAUUCUUUUCCCAGCUCAUAAGCUUCCUGGGGAGGAUGGGGAGUUCUACCAGUUCUGUUACGUGACGAGUGCAGGACAGAUCCGCGGAGCCAGCACGCCAUUCCAGUUCAAGAAUCCCAGUGCCGAUGAUUUUGUGGAGCUUGAUGAUGAGGAGACAAACAUGCUUGUGAUUCGGUCCAAGACAAUAGUCCUGGAGGAAAACAUUGAGAAACUCAAGUCAGAGCAGGAAGCCCUGGUGCUUGGGAAACAGGAGCUGGAGUGUGAAAGAGACGGGCUGCUCACCCGCCUGUCAGAGACGGAGAAAGAACUGCAGAGUCUGAUGGAUGACAACAAGAGACUGGAGGAUCAAGUGCGAGCGGGAGAGAACUACAUCAAACAGCUGAACCAGGAGGCCAGGGACAUGAUGGUGGCCUCCGAGGCCCUACAGACCAAGCAGGAGACACUGUUCAGUGAAAAAAGUGAUGUUGAAGCCAAACUGACAGAAAAAGAUGAGGCUCUGAAAGGUUUGCAGGUCAUUUUGAUGAAAAUGACAGGUGAAAAGGAUGAGCUAGCAGGAGAGAACAGAACUUUGAAAGAACAAAUGGAACUGUACAAGAAUCACUUCACGACAUCUGAGAGCUCGGCCCAGGAGUACGGUCGCCAGAUUGAAGAGAUGAGAGUGGAGGUCGCUAAACACGAGAGUAUGGAAAUGGAACUGAAGCGACAAAUCCAGGAGAAGAAGGACCAGCUAGAGGAGGUCAGAAAGAGGCUGGAGAGACAGCAGGUCAUGUCCAAAGAGGACAAGAAUCAGAUUGAGUCUUUGACUGAAAAGUUACGUAACACAGAAGAUAAACUUGAUGCUGCUGAAAAGGUCAAGUUCAUUCUUCAGGAAGAAAUAAAAUCAUACGAAGAGAUCAAUGGAAAAAUAUCUCAAGAUCUUGAGAGGUCAGAAGGUCAAAAUCAUGCCCUGAAACAGCAGAUGGCUCAGAUUGAGGACCAGAUGGUCAGUGAAACAGAACUAUUGAGGACUGAGGUGAUAUGCUCACAGAGGGACCUCAGCCAGGCUCUACAGGAGAAGAGCAAGCUACAAGAAGAGGUGGAGGAGCUGAGCAGCCAGAGUCGGGGGGAUAUGUCCUCGCUGUCCUCCCUCCACUGUCUGCAGCUGGCCCAGGCCAGUCUCAAGGAGCGCUACGCCAAGAUGGUCCAGACCCACACAGAGCUACAGGCCGACUUCUCCAAGACCAAGAAGGAGAAUUCCCAAUAUGUGAGGGAACUCAAGAGAGAAAUUGAGGAUUUGAAAGAGAGACUUAACAUGGCUGCUGAGGAAUAUAAAGCUUUGUAUGUUGAGAAAAAGAAGUAUCAGAAAGCAGCGGAAAAGCUACAGAGAAGAUUGGGAUCAGGACCCUCCAAAACUUCUUCAUACGGAUCCUUGUCAGAAGUGACCAGUGUCAGUCUGAAGACUGAGCAGAAUACAGACUCUCCCUCUGGGACAGAGUUGAAGGAGGACUCUGUGUCCAAGCUUCAGACUGAACUAGAUGAUGUGUCCACAGAGCUUCAGAAGAGGAACGAGAAGAAAGACAAGUACAAGAAAAUGUACAAAGAAGAGAAGGAGAGAAUGGAAGUCCUUCGGAGACAUUUUCAUGAUGAGCUGCGAAAGAAAGAUGAGGAAAUUGAUCGGCUCAGGAAACGUGUACAGGAGGUCUCCAUGGAAACUGAUAUCAAGGUCCGCUCCCUGGAGAACUAUUUGGUGAACAAAGACAACACUAUAGAGGAACUGAAUCGUAAAUUACGAGACAAUGUAAAACUGCAUGAUAGUCCAAAAGAAAGCCAUCAGAACACGGCUGUGAAGCCUCCUCAUUCCGGGACCCCUUACCCACUGUACAUGUACGGCAACCCCUACCACGGGCCAGUCCUCUACCCUGCCCCCAUUGUGUACCCCCCAAUGUCCCCAUGUCAGGGACCGGACGGCAAACCACUGCCCCCACUCCGAUAUCCAGACAAUGGGGGUCACUCAGCAACUGCACCCCAAACAAUUAAGCCAAUUGUGUACCCCGACCAAGUCAUUAUCAGACAGCCGCGACCAGUGAAGUCGGUCAACCCUGACCAUCUGUCCGACGACCAGCAGAGUCUGACCAAUGACCAGAAAGAACCCCUGAAACCACUCCCCCCACCCCUGGUUCCGGAGAGGCUGCCAUCUGCCAGGCUCUCUGCUCUGAAGUCCUUUCUCAUGGAGGGAGACGUCCAGGUAGGGGAGAUCAGUGUGAACUAUGGCAGUAAUCACUUCAAGGUGGGAGAUGAUGAGGUGGAUGCCCCCCUCCCCACAGCUCCCCCCGACCAAGGAGAGGACACUGCCCCCCACGGCUACUAUGGUCAGGGAGAGGACCGCUUCGAGGACGCCAUUGGAGAGUCCAUGAAGAUCUGCCCGGUGUGUGGUGAGAGCUUCUCUGCGGACAUUGAUCAGGUUAAUUUUGACGCCCACAUUCUGAGUCACGUACAGAAAAUCUGUCCCAUCUGCCACAACCUUAUAGAGGAAGUGGACGAUAAUGGCUUCCAGUUCCACGUCAAUCAGCACCUGGACAAGGACCAGGACUAAACACACAGACAGACAAUGUCAAACACAGAGCAACACAAUGGAUCCUGCUUGUUGGAUCUUUCCUUUCUUGAAUUUAUUUUGAUCCAUGCAAUUAAUAACUGUAAAACUUCAUUGGUGGUACUUGUAUUGAUUACUCUAUCUCAGACUUUCAGUAUAAGCAUGAUUAUAUA